GCACUGGCUGGGACUCCAGAGCUUAGCUUCAGAUUUUAACGUCGGAGAGUUGCAAAAGUGCGGAGAAAAAUCAGUACUCUCGAAUAUCAGCAAAAUGAGUACUUGCUCGAACAACAAUUAGUUACUUGUUUGUUUAUUGUUCGGCCAACGAAACCUACGCGUGCCACGGCCAGUAACCAAUUUGAGACGAAAGGAUAACUUCCCCGUGCAACUUCUGCGGGGCGAGGGCAAGGAGAGCGAGGGGCCGGAGUGCUGGACGCGCAGACAGCGCGGAAUCGAUAUCGAUGGUACGCACCAAAAACCAGUCGUCCUCCUCCAGCGCCAGCAGUAGCAGUACCAAGUCGCCAAUAAAGUCCAGCGGCGGAGCAGGAUCAUCGGGCGGUGGCGGAAUCGGCGGUGGUCGCCAGUCCACGUACCGCUCGUCCAGCGCCUCAAACGUUGCCGCCGUUGUUGCGGGCGCCUCAUCCGCCGGAGUCUCCGCCUCAUCGAAUCGCCGUAGUCCGGGCAGUUCACCAGACGGCGACGACGACACCACCACCACAGAUGACCUGACGCCCACGUCGUGCUCUCCGCGCAGCGGUCACCAUCAUCCAUACGGCUACUCCUCCUCCUCGGUGCACAAGCAGAACCUCUACGUCGUCUCGUUUCCCAUUAUCUUUCUCUUCAACGUUUUGCGCUCGCUGAUUUAUCAGCUGUUUUGUAUUUUUCGCUACCUCUACGGAGCGAGCACAAAAGUGAUUUACCGCCCGCAUCGACGCGAUUGUAAUAUUGAGAUCGUUGUGCAGAACUCCUCCAAGGAGCAGCAGCAGUCAAAUAAUCCUUUGGAACUAAACAGUGAGGCUGCUGGCCAAGAGCAGCUGUUGCCCAAUCAGCCUCAGCGUUAUAGAGCAAUCCAACCACUUGAAAUGGCCGCCAAUCGUCCGGGAGGUGCCUACUCACCUGGUCCCGGGGAUCCCCUGCUGGCCAAGCAGAAGCACCACCAUCGCCGCGCCUUCGAGUACAUCUCCAAGGCGCUCAAAAUUGACGAGGAAAACGAAGGUCACAAAGAACUGGCGAUUGAGCUCUACCGCAAGGGCAUCAAAGAGCUGGAGGAUGGCAUAGCUGUCGAUUGCUGGAGUGGACGUGGCGACGUGUGGGAUCGGGCUCAGCGGCUGCAUGACAAGAUGCAGACGAACCUCUCGAUGGCCCGGGACCGUCUCCAUUUUCUGGCGCUGCGCGAGGAGGAUUUGCGAAUGCAGCGGCUCUCCUUGAAGGAGAAACAAAAGGAGCAGGCUCCAAGCAAGCCCCCGAAGUCCAGGGAGCCCAUGCUAGCGGGUAUGACCAGCGAACCCAUGAGGCUUAAAGUUCGCAGCAGUGGCUACGGGCCCAAACCCACCACCAGUGCGCAGCCCACGGCAUCUGGACGAAAACUAACCGUGGGAACCAAGCGACCCGGCAAUUUGGCCGUGGCCAACAAGUCCCAAACGCUGCCGCGCAACCUUGGCUCCAAAACAUCCGUAGGCGCAGUCCAAAGGCAGCCAGCCAAGACGGCUGCAACGCCUCCCGUUCGGCGCCAGUUUUCCUCUGGUCGUAAUACGCCCCCGCAGCGCUCGCGAACUCCCAUAAACAACAACGGACCCAGUGGCAGUGGCGCCAGCACUCCGGUGGUCAGUGUGAAAGGCGUGGAGCAGAAGCUUGUGCAGCUCAUACUCGAUGAGAUAGUCGAGGGUGGAGCCAAGGUGGAGUGGACAGACAUUGCCGGCCAGGAAGUGGCCAAACAGGCUCUGCAGGAGAUGGUCAUUCUACCCUCCGUUCGACCGGAGCUCUUUACAGGACUUCGUGCCCCGGCCAAGGGACUACUGCUGUUUGGACCUCCCGGAAACGGCAAAACAUUGCUCGCUCGUGCCGUGGCCACCGAGUGCAGUGCCACCUUUCUGAACAUCUCGGCUGCCUCGUUGACCAGCAAGUAUGUGGGCGAUGGCGAAAAACUAGUACGGGCUCUCUUUGCCGUGGCCCGUCAUAUGCAGCCCUCAAUUAUCUUCAUCGACGAAGUGGACUCGCUACUCUCGGAGCGCAGCAGCAAUGAGCACGAGGCAUCACGCCGCCUGAAGACCGAGUUCCUGGUGGAGUUUGAUGGACUGCCGGGUAAUCCGGACGGGGAUAGAAUCGUGGUGCUGGCCGCCACCAACCGGCCACAGGAAUUGGAUGAGGCUGCCCUGCGACGGUUCACGAAGCGCGUUUACGUCUCACUGCCCGACGAGCAGACCCGCGAGCUGCUCCUUAAUCGAUUGCUGCAAAAACAGGGCAGUCCGCUGGAUACGGAGGCACUGCGUCGCCUGGCCAAGAUCACCGAUGGCUAUUCGGGCUCCGACCUAACCGCCCUGGCCAAGGAUGCCGCUCUAGAACCCAUCCGAGAGUUGAAUGUGGAGCAAGUGAAGUGUCUGGACAUCAGUGCGAUGCGUGCAAUCACGGAGCAGGACUUCCACAGUUCGUUGAAGCGCAUCCGUCGCUCGGUGGCGCCGCAGAGCCUCAACUCGUACGAGAAGUGGUCGCAGGACUACGGCGACAUCACUAUCUAAUCUGCCCUUGCCAGCAAGCCUGCCCGUCUCCAUCACGACAGUGUGUGGAACAGCUGUGAUGUGAGUGUCAGAACGUAACCUUUGCCGUUGCACUAGUUUUGAUCAUGUGACCCAUGGUUCUCCUCUUUUACUAAGGUUCUAUUCAAUCAGUAGACUUAUCGUUUCACAAAACAUUGUUAGAUCUGUAUUAACCAGUGAACUAUUCAAUAUCAUUUGUUCUCAUGCGAUUUCUCUGUGUUUUAAACUUAGAUUUAACUUUCAUCCGUCAUGCGGCUCCAUUAUCGUUAUACUCAUUUAACCUAGUGUAUUUCUAAGAAUAUCUGUACUAUCCAAUGGAGUUGCUAGAAUAGAAGUUCCGCCCUAUUAUCGUUUACUAUGUUUAUUCCGAGGGCACAUUGCUUGUAAACUAGUCCUAAGUUUUUGGAACAUUCCAUGUAGUGGUGUUUAUUGUUUCGUUGGACAGGCGGCCCAUGAAGUUCACAACUACUUCCAUUGUAUCCUUGAACCAAUAGAGCAUAUUUUUGUUGUACAUUGAGUGCCCAUCCACAAGCUAUAUGUAAUCUAGAAGUAAGCUUAGUCCUAAGAUGAGAUAUUCUUAUACACAACCACAAAAACUAUACAUUUACCAGCGCAGAAUCGGAUUAAGUUUUAAUAGUUAUCUCUCUCCGUAUCGUUAGACUAGUUUAGUUCCUUUGUUUCAAUCUAUGUACCUACGGCCAUAAAUACAAUUGUCUCCGAAUCACCUA